AUGGACUCAUCACACGUUGACGACGCGACAAACACCAAAUCAGCCUCCGUUGACGACAAGGCAUUGUCUACGCAAGUUGCUACGCUGCAAGUAUCGUCGGAGUCAUCCCCACAAGAACCAGAACAAGAAGCAUCGUCGCGAUCACCAGAACCAAGACAUCCUCAUGACAUUGCAGAUGAUAUUUCAACUGGAAGCGACUCUAGUGAAGACGAGACACAUAAAGAUGCAACGACAACACCACGUCAAGAGCUAGGUCUCGUUAUUAGCGCGUUACAGAACACUGUUCAAAAGUCAACACCAGCAGAGGGUACACCACCACACGAUCAUCAACAACAACAAGAACAGCCAUCUGAUAUAAGAAAAGAAGGAGAAGAGAAUGUGGAGGAGGAGGAUCAUGCAAAGAUGAAUGGCAAUCAUGCCGCUGAAGAGUUGCAUAGUGGGGAUGAUGAUGGACAUACAACGCUAUCUGAACAAAGUGAAUACGACGAAUCAUCAUCUCGAGAUGGAUCAAUGGGUGAAAUCGUGCCGCCAACACCAGGAACACCGCCGCCGAUCUUUGAACCACGCACAAGUGAUGAUUUGCCUGAUGUUGAAGCAUACAGCAGCGCCAACCUGAUCGCUUUACACGACAUCAACCUUAAGGACAUCAAAGCCAAUAACUUGUCACCAAGGGAGCAGGAAAAAGCAGAUGAGCCCGUAUUACGUGCGAUCCGCCACUUGUUCAACAAUCGAUUCAUGAAGGCUAAGCGUUUAUUCGAAGAAAAAGCAAAGAGUGAUCCUUUGUCUGCAUUGGGAUUAGGGAGCAUGGCUUUUUUAAAAGCUGUUAUGACCAUGGACCCCACAGCGACCGACAAUGCGAUACAAGUGCUUUUAGCGUCAUACAGCCUUGCAACAGCUCAGAUCGAUGCUGCAACCAAACGUAAUGUCGGUGACUCGGUGGUGCAAUAUUUUACAUCCUAUUACAAUUAUAUCAAGUACUCGAGAGGGUCCACUGCACUGCCAGCAAGUCCAACACCAGCCACUCGUGAGAGCAUCAAGAAGCAAAAGAUCAAAUUCGUACCGAAUGGCAUCCUACGUGCACACGUGGCCAAGGCAGAGAGUUGCUUGCAAAUUGCCAUCUUGCAAUUAUUACAAGAGACCGUGGUCGGAUACAUCAAAUGCGGGUUAAACUUGCGGCGUGCCUACACCAGCUAUAGUCUUGUGUGGCAAGAAUACAAGCGAAUGGGCCAAACAUACAAUGACUUUAUUGAUCAAGACACAGUCUCUGGUAUUCAGUUUGGUAUCGGCACCGUGCAUCUUGUGCUAUCUUCUUUGCCCCAAAAGAUUUUACGUGUGGUUUCAGCCUUCGGAUGGAAAGCCGACAAGCACCUUGGUUUUGCGUUAUUGAAGCUAUCUCUUGAAGGAAGACGUAUUCGUUCUCCAACAGCAUCACUCAUGUUACUUGCCUACUAUACCGUUUUGACAUCACUUUGCCCCCAAACAUUGGCUAAUGAAUACACACAACCUGCUAUUGAGACGUUAUUGGAUGCUCAACGCACCUAUCCGAAUUCAGCGAUCUUUUUGUACUUUGCUGGUCGUACAUCCCGACUUGCUCGCAACUUGACGUUAUCAACACAAUCCUUCAUGUAUGCGGUGGAAAUCAGCAAAAACGAGUGGGCAGAGGUGGAAGUGAUGCACUUGUGCAGCUAUGAGAUUGCUUUCAAUUACAUGAUGCAGCACCACUGGGAGGAAGCUGCCAAGCUUUUUGAGACGCUAUACAAGGACCGCUACUGGUCACCAGCUAUUUUCCGAUACUUGCAAGGGGCGUGUCUCGAUAUGAUGGGUGAUAGAACAGAAGCCAUUCUUGCAUUUGCCGAAGUCCCUGAACUUGUCUCAUCCAACAAGGCAUCGAGUGCUGCUAUGAUGGAACAAUACGUGCUGCGCAAAGUCAAAGGUUUCCAAGAGACGGGAUAUCAGGAUAUGGAUAUGAAUUUGUGUGCUCUUGAGUAUUUGUGCAUCUUCAAUGCCUUUUACUUUAUGGACACAGCAUUGUUGGAGCAUAGCCUCGGUGUAGCCGAUGAAGCAUUGAACCGCAUUUUGGACGCUGAGCGUAUGGAAUAUGGCAUCCGCACAAGAGAACUACUGCCUGAGACUCCCCCACCACAAUACUUUGAUCAACGUGGCACAUUAUUACUUAUCAAAGCAUCAUUGCUCAACGCUAUGGGACGACAUCGUGACGCUAUCAUUCAUUUGAAUUGGAUUAUCGAUCACAAGGAUAAGCUCACUACUGACAAAUGGGUGGUGCCUUUUGCAUUUUGGGAAGCCGGUGUUACUUCAUGGGGACUCGAGUACAAGACGCGUGCACGUUCUUUCUGGACUAACGCGCUCAAGUACACCAAGUAUGAUUUCGAAUACCGGUUGGCAAUGACUAUCAACUUGGCCGUGACGCGUGCGGAUGAACUCGGUGUGCCUAAACCCGAACAUCGGUCUAAGCAGCCGGUAUCAGCCAAAAGCCCAGAAGAUAGCAAUAACACUUCCAACACAACACCAACGACAUCGAUCUCCGGCACGGCUCCGCCUGAAUCGAACGACGAUACAAACCAAGGUUCACGAUCCUCAGAUUAA